GUUGUCAUUUGGUUUAUCAUAUGGACCACAUGGUGAAGUUUAUUUAAUUGAUUAUUUUUCAUUUGGUUUCGUCUCUUUCAUUGUUAAUUAUUUAUUAGUUGUAAGUUUUUAAUUAAUUAAAAUGUCGGCUGGUUGGUCAGAUGUUCUUAAUCGUUUGAUCAAUAGAUCUGAGAAGACAAAUAAGAAGCCCUUGAGUCGAGCUUUGGUCAACAAGGAAAAACCUUCACAAGGAAAAUCGCGGAAACAGAUUAUCGUUAAAUCGGGUUAUGAAAGUGAACGGAAAAAGCCAAGUAUUCAGGAUAAAGAAUAUGAAAGGAUGUUACAAUCUAUUGCUACCAAAGGUGUUGUUCAAUUGUUUAAUUCGCUUACAGCAUUGGAAGAACCCGAACCUGAACCAAAGAAAGUGAAAAGAGAAGAGCCUGUUGCAAGUACUUCGGUUCUUGAUAAAUGGGGAGAUUUAACUGUGGAAGAUGAUGAAGAAGAUGAUGCAGUUUGAUCUGUUGGUAGGAAAAAUUUAUUAUUCUAUUUUUACUAUUCAUGGAUCAAUGGUUACAAUCAUGAAGAUGCUAAAUCGAUGAGGAGCAAAUAGGUGAAAAUGUUGAUAAGAAAAUGGAGUCAAAAGAAACCAGAAUCUUGUUAAUGUAUGAAAAUCUUGUGAUUGGAUCGGUUGAUCAAUUUAUUAAAAGAAAAAAAAACAAUAAACCAUUAAGUUGAUUGGCUGAAUUGUUCAUUCAACAUCCAUUUCUUCAUCGCUA